AUUUUAGAAUUUAUUCUUAAUGAAAUCAUUACUUUUGUUUUCAUUUCUAGUUGCUGUUAGAAGCUAUUGCUGUAUGAUUAUUAAUAACUUUUAGACUUUAUAUAAUAUGGAACAGAGUAUUAUUGUGAAGAGUGUUGCUUUUGGUAUGAAGGAGAUUGGCAUUGCGAGACUUAUUAAUAUUGUUAUACUUUCUUGGGGAUAAUUAUAGCUAUUUGGUGUGCUAUAAUAGGAAUUUAUGCAGUCCUUUAUUUUUAUGCAAAAAAUAAAACAGCUAAAAGAUUAAGAGCUAUCUUUGAAUUAUCUCAAAAUAGUUUGAGAAAUAACGUAUAAAAUUAGAUUCCAUAGAAUAAAGAAUAACCAACCUAAAUUAGUUUGGUUGAGUUCAAGGAGUAAACUUUAUGA